CAGUCUUGUGUGCCUUCUGUGUUUGUUUAUUGUCUGUCUCUGGAAUGUCCACUACACGGGGCAAUGGUCGAUAUUUGGGGGCUCGGUAUCGGGUUCCCGGCGCCUAGGACCCGGCCGGGCCAGGACGCAGUAGGCUGUCAUAUUUGCUGAAUGACUGAAUACUGUCCCCCAGUACUGAAGAGCUUGAACAGCAGUUGUCCCCUAGAGGGGCGUGGCUUUUCAGGCCCCGCCCAUGAGGCCGCCCCCACCUCUACCCCACUCCUCCCCUUCCUCUCCCAGGAGUGGGUCUCUGACUGUGUGGUGGUUUUCCCCUCUGGCCUCCCUCGCUCUUUCUGCAGCUGUUGCAAAAACCCGGAGCAGCGGAACUUAAGAGAGGCGGAGCGGCGCCGCCCCUCGCGGCACCUCCCCGACAGCCCUAGGCGGCCGCGCUGGGCAUGCUCAGUCGACAGGGCCGCUUCAGUUCUUGGAGUAGGAAGCUUGGGCGCUUCGGCUGUAAGGAGCCGCGGCGGGGGGAAAAUGGAUCCUUUUACUAACGAUCUGCUUCAGCUCCCCCGGAAUAUGAUUGAAAACAGCAUGUUUGAGGAAGAACCAGAUGUGGUAGAUUUAGCCAAAGAGCCCUGUUUACAUCCUCUAGAGCCUGAUGAGGUGGAAUAUGAGCCCCGGGGUUCAAGACUGCUGGUGCGGGGUCUUGGUGAGCAUGAGAUGGAUGAGGAUGAAGAGGAUUAUGAGUCAUCUGCAAAACUGCUGGGCAUGUCCUUCAUGAACAGAAGCUCAGGCCUUCGGAAUAGCGCAACCGGCUAUAGGCCGAGCCCAGAUGGGACUUGUUCCGUACCGUCUGCGAGGACCAUGGCGGUCUGUGUUUUUCUUAUUGUGGUUGCUGUUUCUGUAAUCAUGGUGAUUUAUCUACUGCCCAGAUGUACCUUUACCAAAGAAGGCUGCCAUAAAAAAAACCAAUCAAUGGGACUAAUUCAGCCACUUGCAACAAAUGGAAAGGUGUUUCCGUGGGCACAGAUCAGGCUUCCCACCGCCAUUAUGCCACUACGCUACGAACUUAACCUACACCCAAACCUAACCUCGAUGACAUUCAGGGGUUCUGUGACAAUUUCACUUCAGGCUCUUCAGGACACAUGGAAUAUCAUUCUUCACAGUACAGGCCAUAAUAUUUCGAGAGUGACCUUUAUGUCAGCAGUUUCAAGCCAAGAAAAACAAGUUGAGGUCUUGGAAUACCCAUUUCAUGAACAAAUUGCCAUUGUUGCCCCUGAAACCCUUCUUGAAGGACACAAUUAUACCUUGAAGAUAGAGUAUUCAGCGAAUAUCUCUAGCUCUUACUAUGGGUUUUAUGGAAUCUCCUACACAGAUGAAAGUAAUGAGAAAAAGUACUUUGCAGCAACUCAGUUUGAACCCCUGGCAGCAAGAUCUGCUUUUCCUUGUUUUGAUGAACCAGGAUUUAAAGCCACAUUUAUCAUCAGGAUCAUAAGGGAUGAGCAAUAUACUGCUUUAUCAAAUAUGCCUAAGAAUUCAUCAGUCAUCAUGGAAGAUGGACUUGUUCAGGAUGAGUUUUCUGAGAGUGUGAAAAUGAGCACUUACCUUGUUGCAUUCAUUGUUGGGGAGAUGAAGAACCUGAGUCAGGAUGUAAACGGAACCCUGGUUUCUAUAUAUGCUGUACCAGAAAAGAUUGGUCAAGUUCAUCAUGCCUUGGAAACAACCGUGAAGCUUCUUGAAUUCUAUCAAAACUACUUUGAAAUUCAAUACCCACUGAAGAAAUUGGAUUUGGUGGCUAUUCCUGACUUUGAAGCAGGAGCAAUGGAAAAUUGGGGCUUGCUCACCUUCCGAGAAGAAACACUUCUGUAUGACAAUAAUACUUCUUCAGUGGCAGACAGAAAACUGGUUACUAAAAUAAUUGCUCACGAGCUAUCGCAUCAGUGGUUUGGUAAUCUGGUCACAAUGGAGUGGUGGAAUAAUCUUUGGCUAAAUGAAGGGUUUGCUACUUUCAUGGAGUAUUUCUCUUUGGAAAAAAUAUUCAAAGAGCUCUCCAGUUAUGAAGAUUUCUUAGAUGCUCGAUUUAAAACCAUGAAGAAAGAUUCCUUGAAUUCAUCUCAUCCAAUAUCAUCAUCAUCUGUUGCGUCUUCAGAACAGAUUGAAGAAAUGUUUGAUUCUCUUUCCUAUUUUAAGGGAGCUUCCCUCUUGUUGAUGCUGAAAACUUACCUUAGCGAAGAUAUAUUCCAACAUGCUAUCGUUUUUUACCUGCAUAAUCAUAGCUAUGCAUCCAUUCAAAGUGAUGAUCUGUGGGAUAGUUUUAAUGAGAUCACAAACAAAACGCUAGAUGUAAAGAAAAUGAUGAAAACCUGGACUCUGCAAAAAGGAUUUCCUUUAGUGACUGUUCAAAGGAAAGGAAAGGAACUUCAUGUACAGCAAGAAAGAUACUUUUUAAAUAUGAAGCCUGAAAUUCAGCCUUCAGAUGCAAGCUGUCUCUGGCACAUUCCACUAUCCUACGUCACUGAGGGAAGAAAUUACUCAAAAUAUCCAUUGGUAUUUUUACUGGACAAGAAAUCAGGUGUCAUCAAUCUUACAGAAGAAGUGCAGUGGGUCAAAGUCAAUACAAACAUGAAUGGCUAUUAUAUUGUACACUAUGAGGAUGAUGACUGGGAAGCACUGAUCAAACAGCUGAAAACAAAUCCUUAUGUCCUGAGUGACAAAGACCGAGCCAACCUCAUCAACAACAUCUUUGAACUUGCAGGCCUAGGCAAGGUAUCUCUUCAGAGGGCGUUUGAUUUGAUUGAUUACCUUGGAAAUGAGACCUAUACCGCACCCAUCACUGAAGCCCUGUUCCAGACCGGCCUCAUCUAUAACCUCCUUGAAAAGCUGGGAUACAUGGAUCUGGCCUCAAGAGUAGUGACCAGGGUAUUUAAAUUACUUCGAAGCCAAAUCCAACAGCAGACUUGGACUGAUGAAGGCACCCCAUCUGCCCGGGAGCUUCGGUCAGUCUUGCUUGAGUUUGCUUGCACCCACAGCCUCGAGAACUGCAGCACAGCUGCCAUGAAGCUCUUUGAUGAUUGGGUGGCAUCCAAUGGAACUCAAAGCCUCCCUACUGAUGUCAUGAGUACUGUGUUCAAGGUUGGGGCAAAAACUGAGAAAGGCUGGUCAUUCCUAUUAAGCAAGUAUGUCUCUCUAGACUCUGAAGCAGAGAAGAAUAAAAUACUUGAAGCUCUCGCCAGCUCAGAGGACGUACGGAAACUUUACUGGUUAAUGAAGAAUAGCCUCAGUGGAGAUACCAUCCGAACACAAAAGCUGUCAUUCAUCAUUAGAACAGUUGGCCGCCAUUUUCCUGGGCACUUGCUGGCUUGGGAUUUUGUCAAAGAGAAUUGGAACAAGCUUGUAGAGAAGUUUCAUCUGGGGUCCUAUACCAUACAAAGUAUUGUUGCUGGGUCAACGCACCUGUUUUCAACAAAGGCACAUUUGUCUGAGGUCCAGGCAUUCUUUGAAAAUCAGUCAGAGGCAACCUUUCGGCUUCGCUGUGUCCAGGAGGCUUUGGAAGUCAUCCAGUUGAAUAUCCGCUGGAUGGAGAAGAACCUCAGAACUCUGACGUGGUGGCUGUAGCACGCACAGCCGCGCCCCAUCCUGUCGCCCAUUCAGAGAGCUUGUUCACGUGGGCUCUGCUGCUUUUGCAAAAAGCCAAGGUGAAGCCAGAAUCGCUGCCGAGUUGUUUGCACUCUUAGAAGUUCUAGUUCGCUCAGGGCCCGUCUGUACUUUUCAUCUGUCUUUCUCGAAUUGUCUUUGGGCAGGAUGUAGUUAUUUAUUACAAAAUUAUAUUCACCUAUAUGCCAACAUCUCCAAAAACAGUGAGUAAUUUUUCUACUUUGAAGAUGCACAAAUGGGGGGGAAACAUCUGUUUUGGCAUUCUGUUCUGUUUCUCAGUAUCCAGAAAAUACGGACACAGUGAAACAAGGAAAGAUCUACCAUGGGAGCCGUCAUCUUUGCAGGCGCUGCUUUGUCAGCUAUUUGUUGCUUCUUAGUGAUAGAUGAUGGAUGUUACUCGAAUGUGGUACAGAACUUAGCCUAAAAAACUUAUGAUAAUGAAGUCGACGAAUCCUACAACUGUUAGAAAACUGAUCUCAGGUGUGCAGAUCUACUUUGGUUUGAGGUUUUGAUUAAUCCUUUAUUUUCUGAAACAAAGUUUAAAUAAGAUCUAUUAACAUAUUUUUUUUCUGCAUAACAGCCAGGUGCUAUGGAAUUUUUAAAUUUUUGUUGUACUGAAAAGCUAAGUAACAAGGAGAAAAGAUUAAGUUUUCCAAAUGUGUAAUACUUAUUUUUUCAUCUUUUAGGAAAACGUUUCGAACUGAGUUAGCUUUAAUUAUUAUUUUAUUUAUGAAUUCCAAAUUCUCCAAGUCUGUACACCUUUAUACUCCCUGCCAUAGAUACAUCUUAUGUUAUAGAGGAAUAUGUCUGCAUUUAUGGCAAGCAUUUUGUUAAUACUGUUGUCUUUUAUCAUGACUUUAUCACUGUUACUAAAAAUAAACUUAGUUUAGGUUGCCUUUGACAUUACCUGAUCAUAGACACUUUCUCUGUGAGUCAUACUCAUGUAGAUUUACAUGUUAUAUGGUAGCAUAUAUUAGAAGCAUAUUUUGAAAUAGGGUCUUUGAGAAAUUGAACAUUUUUAUUUGAAGUUCACCAUAGUACCUUAAAGGAAUAAAGAUAAUGUGGGAUGGGAGUCACUUGAUUCAGAUAUAAUAUGGUGGGCUUUGAAUUUUUUCUGUUAUCAAAAUAGUACUUUUCUUUAGUUGAAAAAUCAGUGGGUUUUGUUCGUUUGGUUUUAUUUUGUUUUUAUCAUGGCCAAACUAACUGAUUGAAAGGAAUGGCCAAGGAAAGAAAGAAAGAAAAGGGAAGAUUUCCAAACUGUAUGGCAUUUUUCUCUCCUUGUAAAGGAGAAAUACUGUACUUGAAUUUUUUGAGCUAUGCAGACUUAAUAUCUAGAUUGUUGAGUUUCUUUGAUUCUUAGGGGAAAAGCUUUCUUCCUAAUAAUUUUUGAGUACUUUAUAUUUUGUUUGAAAACAUCUGUGUAUAUAAAAAGGGUAGAUACCCAUUUGUGAGCACUUAAAACACUCCAGAGAAUCAAUGAGAAAGGUCACCUUUUUUAAUUUAGCAGGUAUACAGUGAAAAUAUGUGGGAUUGUGUAUAAAAUUAUAUUUUACUUUAUGAAAAUAUUUUUAUAUAACAAAAUUUAAAAUGCUGGCAAGCUGUAAGGUAGCUUUCUUUAAUCCUGGUGUGUUUUCCCCCAAUUUAGUCUUUUCUAAACAUUUACCUCUGGUUCAGAGUACAAAAUAUUAUAUCCUGAGAAUCGCAGAAUCCUCUGAAGAUGUCUUAUUGAAACUGGGGUGAUUGUAGGUCUUUAUUCCUCUCAUGCUUCAGCAGAUGAGUGAUAGUUUAGUUGAUAUCGGAAGUUAGUGUGUUUUUAUAUUUUUAGAGUGGGGAAAAAUACUAAACUUUUGAGGAGUUUUUUGGUUGCUGGUUUUUUUACAUGUUAUAUUACUGAAUUCCACUUUGAUACAGAGUUUAAAUUUUCCUACUUCUCAACAUCGGUGAAGAGUUUUCAGUUGUCCUUGCUCAUCUUUACUUUGCUCCUGUAAUGUCUGUUAGCUCCGCACACGGCAAACCUUGUCUGGACUUAGAUCAUCUUUCCUGAGUGUGGGGGGGGAAGGGGGGCGGAGGGUAAUGUUUAAGUAAAUCCUUACCAAAACACGGGCUAAAGAAAGAGCUCGCUUGUAAUCCGUGGCUUUCUUUGAACUCACAGCCUGUUCGUCCCCUUGAUACCGGGUGCCCGCUGGUUGUGGUUCUGCUGUAGGCCGCGCCUCGGGCAUUUGCAGCUUCGGUAGCCCUCGCCUCACGUUCUCCCACAGAGUUCCGUAGUUUUAAUGUCAAGCUCACCCAUCCGGGUGGCACUUCCAAAAACGAACUCUAAGUCAGGAAUAUAAGGCUACGUAAUAGGUAGGCCGUGGGACAUCGUAGACAGAACUGUAGCUUUUGAGGUUCUGCCCCCCGCGGUGUGUCGUAGCCGCUGUGUCGGGAACUCGCGUACGUGUCGCUGCGCUCCGGCGCGUGAGCGCGGAGCCGGCCGCCGUCAGGCACCGAGUUCGCGGCCCAGAGACUCGCGGCUUGAAGGUAGAAGAGGCACGUGACGCUGGCUGAGGAAGAAAGGUAAAACUGGACCCUGGGAGCUGUAGAAGAAAAACGUGUGCCUUGAACAUCGGGAAGUACUGUCAGGCGUCCAGGGUGUUGACAGCAGGAGAUCGGGUGCAUUAAAGGCAGGUCGUGUCAGCUUGCACCCCAAGCUCGGGCCUUCCUCCAUCUCACUGUUUCAUGGAAAUCCCUGUGAGUGAAACUGUGUGGCCAUUGUCUGAGUGUUCCUGAACUUUCUUACCAUCCCAGGUUCUGCUUAAUUCUAAUACUCUUUGCCAUUCAUGUUUUCAUUUUGCUGUACUUUAGCCUCUGUAGGAACAAAAGAGCUGUCAGAAGAGUUCUGGGUAUGUAGAGGCUCGGGCUGUGUCAGGCUCCCCGGGGACAGAACAGGGUCCUCUCUGAAUACUGGAAAGUAAGAAAUGAAAGGCAAGCGCUGAGUUAGUCCGAUUACUGGUGGCCUGUUACUGAGCUGUAUUUUAAGAGCCUACUCGGACGAAAGCACCUGGAAGCGUAACGUGUGGUCGGAUUGCUGAGUAUUCACGUAACCCCCAUUCGUUUCCGGGGGACUGCAGCGAAGGCGCGUGAGCUCAGGGCACGUAUCAUCACCGAGGACAGCCUUUCCUGGGCGGAGUUUGCAAAAUGAGAUCGGAAUUUCAUAGCUAGGAUAGAGCUCUUUUUCUCCCCUUUGCCUUUGUUGUUUGGUUUUUAUUGGAAUGAAUUCUCUUUCUAAAGAGCUUCUUCUCUCCCCCCUCUGACGCUCCCAUUUGUACUUUAAAAAAAACUAACGCGUGUAUUUUUGCUAUUUUUUGCAUUCUUUUAUUUUGUGCUUCAUUCCGUGCGCUGGCAGUAGAUACUGAAUGAAAAGUGGCAGGCCACACGUCGGCUAAAUCUCCUCUUCUCGCUUUCCCUUCUCGCCUGCACGUGCAAUAACUCCCAGAAUCGUUGACUGAUGUCUUUGAGUGGCUUUUGGCAGGGAGGAGGUAUAUAUUUUUAAAUGUACAUAUGUGGUUUUGAUCUGUUUUAAUUUUCUUUAAUUUUGUGUGCUUUCUUCUGAUAAAGAGUGAGAUACUGUCCUGUGAAAAUCUCUUUGCCCUUCCCAUAUUGCCUUUGUGGGCAACAGCUACAGAGUAGUUAUUUGAUGUUUCUUUUUUGGAAGUUGGUGGUGAGAAAGCAGAGUAUGCUCUUUUUAAAAUGUGUACAAAAUGUUUUUGCUGCUAUUUUGUGGGUGUUAUUUCAUUUUGCACUUCAUUCAUCUUUCUGAUGGGUGUGUAGAUAGAUGAACUGUGGCAGUCCAGAAGUAUGACAGAUGUCCUAUGUACCCCUCCCCUUGUUGCUUGCAUGGACAACACCUAAUAGAGUAGUUGUAGCGGCUCUUGUUUGGAUCUAGUCUUGCGGGGUGGGGGUUGUGUAUCAUUCUUUCAGAUGUGUAUAUGUGUUAUGCUCCUUUUUCUUAUGUCUCAUUUUAUAUGUGUCCCUUUGCAUGUGUGUCUAUGUACUUCGUGAAAAUUGAGUUUCAGAGUAUGACAGAUUUCCUGUUUGCCCUUUGCCUUAUUGCCUCCCUGGGUGGUAGUUUUGUUUUGUUUUGUUUUGUUUUGUGGGGUAGGAGAAGGUAGGGUAUGUACUUAAUGUAUAUAAAUAGACUUCCUACUACUUUGUAUUACUUAUUCAUUUCGUACUAUGUCCUCGUCAGAGGAUGUCAGAGUACCUAAUGAGACGUGGAGGUCCGGAUGUAUGACAAUCUCCUCUUGUCCCCUUCCCUUAUUGCCUGUGUGGGCAAUGACUAGUAGAAUAGUUGUUGGAGUGGGUUUGGGGGGGUUUGGGGGAAGGGAUGUGUACUGCUGUAUAUACCUGUUUUUACUACCAAGUUGUAUUAUUUCAUGGGGUACCCGACUGGAGGUUACCCAAUGAACUAUGGAGGUCCGGAUGUAUAACAAUCUCCUUUUCCCCUUCCCUUAUUGCCUGAGUGGGCAAUGACUAGUAGAGUAGUUAAUAGUUUCAGGGGUUCUUUUGUGAUUUGGGGGGGUAAAUACUUUUAAAUAUAUAUAUAUAUACACGUGUUUACUUCCUUAUUAUAGUAUUUCACUGGGUACCCAGUCCUUCACUGGGACACGUAGGUUCCUGAUGAACCAUGGAGUUCCCGAUGUGUAGCAAUCUCCUCCUCUCCCUUUCCCUUUUUAUCUCUGUAGGCAAUAAUUUUCAAGUAGUUUGGGUUUUUUGAAGUCUUGGGGGUGGGAAGGGACUAAGGGCAGGAUAUAUACUUUUGAAAACUGUAUGUACAGUGUUUGUUACUAUAUUGUGCUAUUCCAUUUUGUACCCCGUCCCUUCCUUGGACGUGGAGGUACCUAAUGAGACGUGGAGGUCCGGAUGUAUGACAAUCUCCUCUUGUCCCCUCUCCUUAUUGCCUCUGUGGGCAAUAGUUUUAGAGUAGUUCUAGAUUAAUUUUUUUACUCUACCACUCCCCUCCCUUGGAGGGUGGGGAUAUGUACUUUUUUAAAUGUAUAUAAAUAUUUUUGUUCCUUUUUUCUGUUACUACAUUUCUAUGGAUAUUUAGGUACAUGAUGAAAAUUAAGGUUCAUUCUAUGAAAAAAAUCUCCUCUACUCCCCUUCCCUUAUUGCCUGUUUGGGCAAUGACUAGCGGCGUAGUUGUUUAGGGGUUUUUUUUUGGCAGGGUAUGGGGGUACUUCUGGGUUUACGUUUUUAAAAAUGUACAUAAAUGUCUGCUGUGGUGGCGGUUGUUUUGCUCUUUUACUUUGAACCAACUCUUGUUUGGAUUUGUAGAUUUGCACCGUAGUGUAGAGGCCCAGGUCCAGCGGCGUGAUAAACCUUUUCUCUCUUCCCUUAUAGCCCGUGCACAAUUGUGUGAACGUACUUUAGGACUUGGUUUUUGUUUUUUGUUUUUAAAGUACUUAAUGGGGAAUGGGCUUAUCAGGUAAGAUAGGUGAUUUUUAAAUGUAUAUAAAUGUUCCUGCCUCUUCUUGGUGUUCACUUCAUUUUGAAUACAGCUCUGUGCGUAACUGUUUAGUUACUUAAAGUUGAGAUUGAUUCUAUGAAAAAUCUCCCCUACUCCCCUUCCCUCAUUGCCUGGUGGGCAGUGGUAGAAGAAUAGAUGUUUAGUUUCUUUUUUUGGAGGGGUGGGGGGUGGGAGUAGUCUGAGUGAGUGAGAGUGUGUGUGCGCGCGUGUGUGUGCGUGUAAAUUUUUUUUUAAUGUAUAUAAAUGUUUGCUACAUUUCGUGUGUUAUUUCACUUAGUACUCAGUCCUUUGCGGGGACUUGUAGAUACAUAAUGAACAUGGAGGUCCACACGUAUGAUAAAUCUCCUCUGCACCCCUUCCCUCACUGCCUGCAUGGGCAACAGUUUUAUAAUUUGGGGUGGUUUUUUUAAGAGGGAGAGAUGAUUUGGGUGGGUCGUGGGGAGGGGAAAAGGACAGGGUAUGAACUUUUAAAAACUGUAUAUAAAUGUUUUCCUAUGAUUGAUUUCGUACCUAGUCUUAGCAUGAUGGAUAGAUACUGGAUGAAAAUCGAGGAUCAGUGUAUGACAAAUCUCCCCUUCUCCCCUUUCCGUUAUUGCCUGUUGGCAAUAGUGAGUAGAAUAGUUGUGUGUUGUUUAUUUCCUUGGUUUUUUUUGGAGGGGUUUAUAUUUUUGGCAGGGGAAUAUUCUUAAUACAUAUGAACAUGGGUGGGGUUUUUUGGUUUCAUUUUGUGUUUAGUUCUUCGCAUGGCUAUCUAUAUUGGGACCUAAUGAAAAUUGAGUUUCAUAAAUUGACAGAUCGCUGCUUCUUUCCUACAUAUUUCCUCACUUAGCAGUGCCUAGUAUAGUUGUCGUUUUGUGGUUAUUUUGUUUUAUUCUCUAGGAUGUUUGCCUUUAAAAAUGUAAAUAUAUAUAAGCACAUAUCUAAUCUGCUUUUUUUUUCCAUUAUAUUUCAUUAGUACGUAGUCCCUUUUGGCACUGUGCAUGGAUCUAACAAAAAUCAAAUCCCACCAAAUCCCUGCCCUCUGACUUGAAAGGCAUUGGAGUGGUGUAACUCAUGGCAACAGGUGUAUAGCAAAUAAGUUGGGAGAAGACAAAUGGUUGGCUUAUGAAAGCUAAUGAGAUUCAGCAUUUCUUAUGCUGAUUCAAAUGGAAGGAAAUGGUGAGAAGGGAACUGUACUUUGGAGAUUCCAGAAAGGCAGGAGGACAAUACUAAGUAAAAAGUAGGUUUAAAGUUCAUUGCUAAUUAAUCUUUCCAUAACUGGUAUGCCCAUGAAAGUGCUGCCUAGGAUUUAUGUGAAGACCCUUGAGAGUAGCUGCUUUUUGGGGCCUAGAAUUCUGGCUUAUCUACAGAAGUCUCUUGCAGUUCCAUAGACAGCAUAUUCUUAUGUAACUGAUAGAACUUAUUUUGAUUUUUGGAAUGAAUGUUUUGAGUUAUUGCCAUGGUUCUAGUGAACAACGACAUGGGCCCAAAAAUCAUUCCAUAAAGAAUUGGGGCCGAGCCCUCUUUCAACACCCAUCUGUGGUAGGGCAAGUUGGCCCUUUUCUACCCAGAGCUCUUCUGUGUGGCUGCUUCUCUCUGCUCAGUUCUCUGUUAGCUGGACCAUUCCUGUUCUUUUUUCUUUUUCGUUUUGUCUUCGAUGCCUGCAACAUUAGAUGUCAUCCUCAUGUACACUUAAAAAUGUAAGCCAGUGUUACCUCAUCAUUCGUAUGUUUUUGCAUGCAAUUCAUACAUCCAGGCUUGUGUGUUCACUUUCAGCGUUCUCGAAUCGUACUGACUCCUCAUCCACCACAUGAUAAAUGUUAGGACUCCGCGUUUGACUGUAUCAAAGAAAAUGCACGUGUAAAAUCCCUCCCUCCCUGCAUCUCUUCCUUUCUUCCUCGCUUUUUCCCUUCAAGCUUCUGAGCGAUCUUUGUUUGUUUUGCAGUUUAUAAUGAAUAUAAUGCUGGAGAUUUGCCAUAUUAUUUUAUUAUACAUAUUUUUUAGAAACGCUGAUAGGACUCCUAGAACAUUUGCAAAGAGAUGUCAUUUACCAUAUCAAACUCUCAGGUUCUAGUGUUCAAAAAUUAGCCUAUACUUUGCUGUUAUUUAUACCUGCUGCUGUAGAAAAAAAUAUAAGUUUGUUCAUGACACGUGUAACUUUGAUAAAUAAGUGAGAAAGGGGCACCUUUUUGGAAUGAGUCAUGGUAGUCAUUAGUGAUAUUUCUGAACAGUUCUUAAUUUGAAAUACUUCAAAGAAGUAAAGGUCAUGGCUUAGCUGAAUGAAAAGCUCCAGAAGUUGCACUGUAUAAACCAUCAGUACAAUAAUACGUGUGUGUGUGUAUAUAUAUAAUAUAUAUAUAUAUAUAUAUAUAUAUAUAUAAAAUGAGAAUUACAGCAUAAUUGGAGCAUUUGAAUUAAUGAGACAAAACUUGGCCUUAUAGCCAUCUUGAUUAAAGCCAAGUGUUCCAUGUCACUAUUAGUCUCUUUCAAACACUUUGAAAAGUAAUUACUUGGAAACUUGUAAAAGUAUUACAUUUUUGUAUUUACACAUCUAUACAGAUCUCCAAUUCUUUGAAUCUGAGCUUGUGGGUGGAAUUCUAAAUUUGUUUCAUAAUCUGUCUUUUGUGGAAAAUUUUGAGAACAGUAUGUAUAAUAUAUAUGCAAAUUGUGUUGUGUCACUUGUAAAGGGAGAAGGCCUAUUUUUCUUUAUAUUUCUGAUAACUUGUUUUGCAUAUGACCAGCACUGACUGAAAGGCAUGUGUAAUUGCAAACACUGUUGCUUUUUUUUGUGAAAUGAAAAUAAAAGUAUUUAAA